UUUCCCUUCCCACACUUUUCUCUCUUCUCACAUUCUCUUCCACACUCUUCAGUCACACACACAUAUGCAAAAGAAACUACAAAGCUUCGGAAAAUUGGAAACAAAACCAAAAAACAAAAACCAUCAAUGGCCGCCAACAAGUUUGCCAGCAUGCUACACAGAAACACCAACAAAAUUGUGGUGAUUCUUGUGUAUGCAGUUCUUGAAUGGAUCCUCAUAGUACUUCUUCUCCUCAACUCCUUGUUCAGCUACCUCAUCUCAAGAUUUGCAAAAUGUGUUGGCCUCCAACCACCAUGCCUUUGGUGCUCAAGGGUUGAUCACAUCUUGCAGCAUGGAAAAAGUGGAAAUUUGGAUAAGGAUCUUGUUUGUGAGUCUCAUGCAGCUGAGAUUUCGAAGCUUGGUUACUGUUCAAACCAUAAAAAGCUUGCUGAGACACAGCACAUGUGUGAGGAUUGCUUGGCUUCUAGGCCGAACCGGCACGAAAACUCAGUUGGAAUUGGACACAACAGAAUCGCAUUCAUCUCUUGGAUUAGUCAUGAAAACGGUGAUGAUGAUGACACAAAGAGAUGCUCCUGCUGCAAUGAGAGCUUGAGGAGAGAGCUUUACCCUCCUUAUCUUUUGUUGAAGCCUUCUUGGGGAGAUGCAAGAAAAGGCUCUUUCAUUGUAGAAUCAAUACAUGAUGAAAAGGAAGCUGAUAAAGACAUUGAGUUUGAGAUUAACAAUGGAGAAGAAGAAGAAGAAGAUCAUGAUGAUGUGCAUCAGAUACUUUCUGAUAUUGAGAGUUUUAUCCUCAGGGAAGUGGCAGAGGAUCGUUCGAGUUCUGUCUCGAACUUGCACUCUGAUGAAAAGGAAGGAGAAAAAGAUGAUCUUAUCAUCAUCACCAAGCUGGAUCCUAAUGGUUCUAUCAAUUGUUGGGAAGAUAGAUCAAUUGAAGUCAUCGAUAGACACUUCAAGAACAAUGUGGAAUGCGAAACGAAUCGCUUGAUACCUGUUGAGUUCAUAGAUUCUAUUACCUCUUUGCCUUUUGAACCAUGCAAGAUUGAUGAACUUGAAAGGUUUGAUAUAACUGAAUCAAGCUUGGAGAAUUCUAUAGUUUUUGAAUUUGAAGAGUUGAAACAGGAUUCAGUAGCAAAGGUACAUCGAGAGAAGUUUUUUACUUUUGAAGAAGCUCAAACUUCGUCGAAUGAAGACAACAAUGUUGAAGCUGUCUCAGAAGAACAAAAUAACACUAGAGUUGAUUUGCCUAUAUCUGAAGAACCACUUUGCUCAUAUGGAAGCUCACAUGAAGAUGAAUCUUCAAUGGAUGAUGAAUCCUCAACAAGUGAUGAUGAUGAUGAUGUUGGAAAUGCCUUUGAAAAAUUCAUUGCUCAGAAUAAUCUAAGCAAGUCUCAAAUUUUAUCCAAUGGUGACAAUGAUAUAGAAGAUGAUAUGGAAGAAUCACACAAAAAUCCAACAGAUAAUUUGCCUCCAUCUGAAGAACAAGAAUUCUCAUGUCAAUGCAUAGCAGAAGAUGAAUCUUCAGAAAGCGAGGAUGAUACUGGAGUUGCUAAUGCCUUUGAUGAAUUCAUUUCUCAGAAUAACCUAUGUUUAGAUAAAGGUGAAAAAGAUAAUGAUUAUGCUGAAAUGAUUGUGAAUGAUGAUGGAGUUGACAAUGCCUUUGAUAAAUUCAUUUCUCAGAAUAACCUAUGUUCAGAUAAAGAAGCUGCAAAAGAUAAUGACUAUGCUGAAAUGAUUGAGAAAACAAACUCAGCCGAGAAAAAUCAUGAAGAAACAAGCCAUCAAUCAUGUGAAGCAGAUGAAGAUAAACUUCCUGAAACUCCCAGUUCUGUAAAUGGCCUGCAAUAUGCGCAUAGGAAAUUGAUGCAAAGAGAAUUAGGAGCUGAGGAUUCAAUGGAUGGCAGCGUUGCGAGCGAGCUAGAAUAUGGCGAUCCAAUAUCAACAAUUGAUAAUCUAAAAACAGCUUUAAAAUCUGAAAGAAAGGCUCUGAGUGCUAUAUAUCAAGAACUAGAAGAAGAGCGAAGCGCAUCCGCUGUAGCUGCUAAUCAAACAAUGGCAAUGAUUACAAGAUUGCAAGAGGAAAAGGCCGCGAUGCGGAUGGAAGCGCUGCAAUACCAGCGAAUGAUGGAAGAACAAGCAGAGUAUGAUCAAGAAGCUUUGCAGCUUUUGAACGAGCUAAUGUUGAAAAGGGAAAAAGAGAAGCAAGAGCUUGAGAAGGAACUGGAAGAGUAUAGACAGAAGGUCGUGGAUUACGAGGCGAAAGAGAAGAUAAGGCUGUUGAGAAGAAUGAAAGAUGGAACCACAAGAAGCAGAGACUCUUCUUCUUCCUCUGAUAUAUCCAUUGAUCUCAACCGCGAAGUAAGGGACAAAGAAGAAGAAGAAGAAGAAGAAGAUAACUUGAACAACAAGGCAACUACUGCUGAUGGUGUUUCGAAUUUGGAAGAGAUGGCAUUGGAUUGUGUGAAACAUAUUAGUGUUCUUGAUGAUUCAUUAGCCGAAUUCGAAGAAGAGCGAGCCUUGAUUCUUGAUCAGCUAAGAGAAUUGGAGGAAAAGAUUAUGAAUCUCGAAGAGAGCGAAGAAUUCAUCGAUGAUAUCGAAAUAACUGAGCAUUCAUCAACACAUUGUGACAAAGAAUUGAAUGAGAAUUGCAGCAACUAUAGCAGUCCAGAGGAAAAUAUGCAUAAUUUUUCAGAUGAUAAACAAAAUAUUCAAAGAAGAACAAUGGGAUCAUUGGCAAAAAGGCUGCUACCAUAUCUAGAUGCCGCGGAAAAUGAGAACGAGGAAGAAGCAUACACACUUGAUCAUACACAAAUCAUGAAACCUGAAUCAGUUGAAGAUGUGCAAGAUUCAGUUGGUGCAAUUGAAAAGGUUUCAGUUGAAGAAGAAGUGGAUCGUGUUUAUGAGCGGUUACAAGCUCUUGAAUCUGAUAGAGAGUUUCUGCAAAAUUGUGUGGGCUCUAUACAGAACGGUGACAAAGGAACGGGUCUGCUUCAAGAAAUUUUGCAACAUCUUCGUGAUCUUAAAGCCGUUGAACACAGAUUGAAGAACUUGGGCACUGAUCCAUUGAUGUGAAGUAGAAUUCAGCAACCAUAGACAUGUAGAAAUCAACUAUAAGAUUGCUUUUGUUGGAUCAUGAUGAAUAUGUCACACUUCAUGGUACCAAAUUUUGUUGCAAAAACAAUUAGGAAAAAAUUCUCCUUGGCGGGAGAGAUUUAUGGUGUCAUGCCAAUGCCAUGGUUUGUUGAAACUAGUACAAAAUGCAAACCACGAAGUUCAAGUUCAUCUUUAUUUUAAGGUGUCGAUUUGAGCCACAUAAAUGACAAAAUUGUGUGAAAGGCCAAAAUUUUGCAAUAUGGUGUGAGAACCUUUGGUCUCUCGACUAUUCAGUUAAUCAAUCUAGGAAGUUAAAAAAUUAUUAAUACAUCAAAGAUCGUUGUUUUACAUCUCCUUUGAUUAUCCAUUGUUAGGUUGGGAAGGAGAAGUAGGUGGGAAUGGGUGCUUCGGAACCUCAUAGAAAAAUCAUGCGUCCAUCAUCUUGUAUAAUGUGUAUUUAUUUGGGAGUUAUGGUUGUCAAUGCCUCAAUGGUAAAGACUAAAAGAGUGAAUUUUUUUUUCUUUUGUAUCUGUCCUUUUCAAAAUAGGGUGUAAUAUAAAAUGGUAUAAAAUGGUAAAGGCUAAAUCUGCCGUCUUUGCUUUAAUUAGUUCAUAUUGCUUACUCGCUUGAGUGACGAUUUGGUCAAUAACUCAAGACUAGUUGUAGUGCUAAGUAGUCUCUUUUGU